AAAGGGGCUAAGCAAAUGCGGUUGAUCCAAAACAUCUGGGCGCAAACAUUUCGCAACUAUUUCAUUCUGUGGGGAAAGGAAGUAAGGUGAAUAUGUAAGCUAAAUAGCCUUUAUAAAAUAUUUUAGAUGUUUGACUCGAGACUAAGUUAAUGAAGAAGCCUAAGUAAAAGUUAUAGGGGGUAGCUGGCAUUGACUAAAUCGGUGACUUGCUGUUAGAGUGCGAGUCUUGCUAAUCUUGUAGCAAGCCCUAUGUUUGAUCUCCAACGUUUGGCAAUAUUGACAAGGAAGCAGGUACUGCCUGGAAACCAUAUUAACUGCACAUGUGAAUUGGCUCGAACAGAUCCGUCGUGUCUGAACAGUGUGAUUUUAAAUCAUAAGAAGGUCAUAAAACUAAACCGCCUCCAGGACUUUAUAUUAAUUCCACAAAAUGGCCAGCGCCACCAGUCCACCUACUCACCUGAUGCAAGUUGGACCUGCAGCCUCUGAAGCAGAGAGGGUUGUAAUUAAUGUUGGUGGCGUGCAACAUGAAACUUACAAGAGCACCCUCAUGUCCAUCCCAGGCACACGCCUCGCCAACCUAGCCUCUGACACCAGUGCUGACCCACAGAAACAUCCGACCUCUGAGUUUUUCUUCGACCGGGACCCGGGAGCGUUCGCCCCCAUCUUAAACUACUACCGCACUGGGAAACUGCACUGCCCGGCAGAUGUAUGCGGUCAGUCGUUUGAAGAGGAGCUUUCCUUCUGGGGAGUCAGUGAAACCGACGUGGAGCCGUGUUGCUGGAAAAACUUCCGACAGCAUCAGGAUGAAGAGGAGGCGCUGGCUCAGUUUGAGCCGGACGAGGGACCCCCAGACUACAGCACCCUGGUGGGGGGGCCAGGGAGGAUGCAGACAUCUAGAGUUUGGAUAUCAAAGAUGUGGGCCCUCUUUGAUGAUCCCCAUUCAUCUGUGCCAGCCAUGAUCAUUGGCAUCCUCUCAUUGCUCUUCAUCCUGGUGUCCACAAUUGCUUUCAGCCUUGGGACCCAUCCGGAGUUCCCAGAAGUCUUGGGGCCAAUGUUCUUAAACGUUGUACACGAAUACAGUGAGGGAGAGUAUGAGGUCAGCAAUUACCAAACAAAUUCUUUAAUGAUAGUGGAGAUCGUCUGCAAUAUCUGGUUCACCGUUGAGUUCUUGAUUCGCGUCAUCUGCUGCCCAAACAAGCUUAAGUUCGUCCUGAACUUCCUGAACAUCAUUGACUUUGUGGCCAUCCUGCCCUUCUUCAUGGAGGUGAGUUGGCGCGGGAGGAUGUCCGGGACCACGUUGUUCUUCCUGGGAUGUCUUCGUGCAGCUCGCUGCAUUCGACUUGUGCGGAUCUUCAAGAUGGCGCGGUGCGUGACGGCAGUUCGGGCGCUGGGGCAUGCGCUGCGGGCCAGCAUCUGCGACCUCUGCCUCCUGGGCAUCGCCCUGUCUGUGGCCCUCCUCGUGUUCUCCAUCCUGAUGUACUGUGCUGAGCACAUCACCAACGACCUCACACAUUUCAGAACUGUACCCAUGGCUCUCUGGUGGGCCGUGGUUACCAUGACGACCGUGGGGUACGGAGACAUGUAUCCAGAAUCGUGGCCUGGUAUGGUGAUUGCCAGUCUGUGCGCCAUGACAGGAGUCCUCUUCAUCACCAUGCCCAUCCCUAUCCUCGUCAACAAGUUUGCCAAGUACUACGCUCUGACAGAGGCCAGGCAAAGACAACGGGCCAAGAGGAGGAGGGGGGAUGGGCGAUCUGCGGGGGCCAGUGCCCCUGUCUGGAGGGGCGUGGAGAACCUCCACAGCAGGGUCAACCAGUCAGAGGAGGACACCAAGAGCAGCAGUGCAGGGGCAGUUUGAACGAGGAGGCCAUACACUGAUGGACAAGGUUGGCUCGCAUCACGUAGAGCACAGAUAAUGUUGAAUGGUCAACAACCCAAACCAUGUGUUUGAAGAUCACUCCCACCUUUACAAAAAUUCACUACUGUUUCCUAUGUCUUUAUACAGUAAACAUGGUUGUACAAUGGCAAAUCAUUGUGCUUAUGAUUAUUAUGCUCCUAACCAUGGUACUACUACUCUCCAUAGCACUUGUAAGUAGCCGUAGCACUACCAUGGUUUACCUAUAGCACUUCAUAGUAACUAUGGUACUACUACAGUUUUAAAGUGUAGUUUAGGAGUAAUUUGAACCUUUUUCACAAUGACAACGGGUCGAACACCCCUCGAGAGCUAGAUUACACUGUUCAAAGGAGUACCGAGUUUGACCGGCAUUUGCACUUACAGCCCAAAUGGCUAACAGUGCAAGUACUAGGGGUCCAUUUGCUAAACCACCAUUCCAAACCGCCAUUUUUUAAGCACUACUAAUGCUCAAAAUAGCACUACACUUUUGCAGUAGUAUGAAUAGGGUCCCUACACAUAAAACAAAGCAUCAAGAACUUAGUACGUGUACCGGGAGCCUCAAAUUACUCUGGAAAUAUGCUUUAACAUGGCACUUUACGGUAACUAUGUUAGCAUUAUACUGUAUGGUAACUAUGUUACCAUGGUUUUGUACAACACAAUUGAUGAUGCUAAUUGGGUGUGAGGAACCAUGGUUUUUGCAUAGGCCAAUUUACCAUGGUAUUAUCUCGGUUUACUAUAAUCCAAACAGAAAGCUCUUUGGUCAUCCAUUAGUCAAUCGAUUAGUAGAUAAUU